AUGAGGGUUUACAAGAAGACCAGUGGAAACGGAGGGCUGACCCUCUACCUGGGCAAGAGAGACUAUGUGGACCAUGUGAUCAAUGUGGACCAAGUUGACGGUGUUGUAAAGCUGGACACAACAGAUUUUGGAGACAGGAAAGUCUUCGUGCAGCUGGCAUGUGCCUUCCGUUAUGGCACUGAAGACCUGGAUGUGAUGGGCCUAUGCUUCAGGAAGGACAUCUGGAUCAAUCACGUCCAGAUCUACCCUGAGUGCCACAAACCUGCUCAGAGCGCCAUGCACGAGACCCUGCUGAAAAAGGCUGGAGACAGUGCAUAUGCUUUCUCUUUUGAGAUCCCCACCAACCUGCCAUGCUCAGUCUCUCUGCAGCCUGGACCAGACGACAAGGGGAAGGCUUGUGGUGUCGACUUUGAAGUUAAAACUUACCUUGCCAAGGAAAAGAGCAACGCUGAUGAGAAGAUUGAAAAGAAAGACACUGCUCGCCUCAUCAUUCGUAAGGUCCAGUAUGCCCCCUCCCAGGUCGGCGCGGGGCCGAAGGCAGAUCUCUGCAAAAGUUUCAUGAUGUCCGACAAGCCUGUUCAUCUAGAAGCCUCAAUGGAAAAAGAUCUCUACUUCCAUGGUGAAGUAAUCCCAAUUAAAAUCAAAAUCAAUAAUGAGAGCAACAAAACAGUCAAGAAAUUCAAAAUCAGCGUGGAACAAACCACAGACAUUGUCCUCUACUCUGCAGACAAAUACACCAAGCAAGUUUUUUGCCAAGAGUUUGGGGAAACAGUGGAUUCCAACGGCACCUAUGAGAAUACUCUGUCCAUCACCCCCCUGCUCUCUGACAACAAGGAGAAACGGGGGCUGGCACUGGAUGGACGACUGAAAGAUGAGGACACCAACUUGGCCUCCACCACUAUGCUGCGAAUGGGUUUAGAAAAAGAAGUGCUGGGAAUCCUGGUCUCCUACAAGAUUAAAAUUAACCUCAUGGUGGCCGGAGGAGGCUUGCUGGGCGGCCUCACCUCCAGUGACGUCACAGUGGAGCUGCCAUUGAGUCUCAUGCACCCCAAACCAGAAGAGUAAAGACAAUACACCACUUGUCUUGAAAGAAAACUCCCCAUAGUCAAGAGAGGAUGUUACCCCAGAGGUUGAAAAGAACUCGCAGAUUGACAGUAAGAAGGGUAAAAGACACAAAACCAAGACAAAGAUGAUGGAUGAGGCCGAUGUAAUGAAACCCUAUAACCAUAAACAUACAGCUGACGUCUAAACACCUUACAAGGACAAAAGAUGUAAUCAAGAUGCAACAUCUGACCUUAACAGAUUGUAUUGUUUAUGUUUUUCUGUGUUUAAUUGUUGUUAUAGUGAGAGCAUUUUAAUUGUAAAAUAGUUUCCAACAUUUAGAGACCAAAGACUGCUGUAGAACCAAACAAAUAAAAGUCUUUUUCACUUAACUGCAGUGUAUGAGUGAGGGGGGAGAUAGGAAAUCAGUCAAAGACCCUAAAAACCACUGUGCUUUGGAUUACAGUGAUA